GCGGACUGAGUGUGGCCUAGCUUGGUGAGAAAAUGGAUUCCUCUGAAUUUGUGAUUUGGUUGAAUCUGGUGCGCGGCCUUAACUUCUCCCCUCUCCAGUUCUUGUCAGGCAGUGAGGGGGGCAAGUGUUUAAAAGCGCUUCUAUUACUUCUCCAGGAAUAAGUAUGGUGUAAGUGAAAAUGAUAUGAAUUGUAGAGUUUUGUAUUAUUAUUUUUAACGCAUGCCCAUUUCCCCUCAUUUUCAGCUUAUUUCCAAGGUUUGCUUUCCUUUCGUGGAGUAUAAGAUGCACUAGUCGUUUAUAUCAUUUAUAUUUACAGUGGUACCUCGGGUUAAGUACUUAAUUCGUUCCAGAGGUCAGUUCUUAACCUGAAACUGUUCUUAACCUGAAGCACCACUUUAACUAAUGGGGCCUCCUGCUGCUGCCACGCCACCGGAGCACGAUUUCUGUUCUCAUCCUGAAGCAAAGUUCUUAACCUGAGGUACUAUUUCUGGGUUAGCGGAGAAUGUAACCUGAAACGUAUGUAACCUGAAGCAUAUGUAACCCGAGGUACCACUGUACUGUCCUACAAAAUGUAAUUAACCAUUUAUCCCCUGUUGUGUUUGUUUUGUUGUUUUCAGAAGUUAUGCGCAAAAUUAAUAAAGAGUAUUUAGUUAUUAUUAUUAUUUUCUAAAGUACUGCCCAUAUUUUGACUGAUAAAUUAGGGUUGCCAUAUCUCGAAGAGCAAAAAGGAGGACAGCCCAAGCUGCUGCCAGCCUGAGCUAGUGAAAGAGGCAUGCAGGUGUGUGGGGCCACUGCCACCUUGCUUGUGCACCUCUUUCCUCGGCUCAAGCCAUAGCUGUCAACUUACAGUUUUGAAAAUAAGGGACCAGCAGCCUCAAAAAUAAGGGAUCAGCAGCCAAAAUAAGGGAUUCUCCAGGCACAGGUAUGAUCAACUUCUGAGCCCCUCUGAGCCAAAGGCAGAAAGCCCAUCCAGCAGCCAAACAAGGCCUCAAGCGGUGGUUCCCACAGCGCAGCAACCCGGCAAAGGGGAUGCAGCAAGGAAAACCACCGUCACCUCUCCGCUGGGAAGUGCAUCAUCAAUUGACAUCAUCAAUAAGGGACAGCAGCGGGACACGGCGCUGGGAUAAGGGACUUUCCUGCCAAAUAAGGGAUGAUUGACAGCUAUGGCUCAGGCUGGCAGCAGCUGAGAUGUGCAGAGCAGCCUGCGCCCAAGCCACCCACCCCCAAAACCUGGACAUUUCCUCUAAGAUGUACAAAUCCAUGUGGAUGGGCAUGUUGCCCCUCCUCCAAAAGGAGAUGUCCAGGUUUUUCCGAACAUAUGCCAACCCAAUGACAAAUGGGGUCAUUCAGGUACGUACAAUAAACCACUAUCUUGUUUCUUCAGGGUCUUAUUUCUGCAACUACUUGAGUUUGCUAUUUGUGGAAAUGAUGAUUCAAAGGAUAUUUCUGCACCACUCAUUUAUAUAAUAUGUCAUGGAAAUCCUUUACACCAGGCAUAGCCUGUUAAUCAAAGGAGAUCUUGCCUGGGAGAGCUAAAACCAUCUAUGAGAGGACAGAAAAGAGAAGCCAAUAGACUUUCAUUGUUACUUUUACUGAGAAUUCAACCACUGCAAUGACUGGGAUUGCUAUGGUGCUUUUAAUCACAGGAACAAAAUAUUUAUAUGGCUUUCCAAAAUAGUAAUCCACAGACCGUUGCUUUUUAAUGGUUUCGAAUAUGAAUCAGAACUACUUGCUGUGCUCCUUAUGGAGCAAAAAUUAUAUACACUAAUUUGACCCCACCCCCAUUUUUACUGCAGUUAAUAAAGAAGAUGUUAGUGGUCACACAAACUGCUUUGCCAUUGCAAUGGGGGGGGGUGUCCAGCACCACACAACAUCACCCCCCCCCUUUAAAUUGCCAUUAUUAUCAACCUCAGACUGUGGAAGCAAAGCAUUGCAUCACACCAAACACUAAACAACCAAACAAUAAAUAAUAGGAGAAAUAAAUGUUGACAUACCAAUAUAAAUCAAGGCAUCCAUAUUUCCUGAGCUGAUGUGGUGAAAUUGCGCAUCGAUUUCUGAAGCAUGGGAAAUAAAAUCCCUCCAGAUGACAUAAUAGAAUUGUGGAUCCUUCAUCGCCUUGGAAACACACAUAUGCAUGACACAUAUUUUCUCCCACAAUAGGCCAAAGGUCCAUAUGUUCUUAUGUCACAAAAACAAAUUUUCAAGGUUUCCCAUUGCUGGGGCUGUUGAAAUCCUAGCUGCAGCAAACAUCCAUACUGAAAGAUUUUCAGAGAGAUGAGUUUUCAUGUUGUUCAUCCUCAUAUUCUGGAAUGACAGUUGUGUGAAAGCCAGACAUCUUAAACUGUUGAUUUUUUUGUGCAUUGGGUAAUUCUGAAAGACACAUAGUCACCACCUGAGAUGUGGAGAAGUGGGUGGUGCAGGACGAACUGAACACAAUCUCAGAAGCUUAGAUAGGUAUGCAUACAGAGAAACAUAGUGUUCUUUUUUUUGAUGUUGCCUGAGAAAAGAAUAGGGCCUUCACUUGCACUCCUCUCUCCCCAUUAAGGCUGGGCAAUAUCUGAUUUUCAGCAUCACAAUAUAUCAUCAGCUAAACAUUGUGGUAUAUCUAUUUAUCAUGAUGUCCAAAAUAAGGAUUAAAUUAUGUAGAGGCAAACAUCUAGGGCUGGGCAAUAUCUGGUUUUCAACAGUGUGAUAUAUCACCACCUAAACAACAAUUUAUCACACUGUAUGAUAUAUCAUCAUAUAUCACAAAAUAUCACGAUAUAUCAGGCUGUAUGAAAUAAGGAUGGAGCUAUGUAGAGGCAUUGCCUGGCUUCAUGGUUUCCCCUGCAUUGUGAUUUUUGCACAAUGCACAGAGAGACACCAUGAUUCGUGAUAUAUUGCCAGGUCAAAAAUUAUGAAACCGAUAUCACAACAUAAACUUCAAACUGGUUUUGUAUGAUAUGUUGAUAUAUCAUCCAGCCCUACAUACCAUCACUUCUUGCUACAUGGAUUCCAGUGCAGAUGGCAACAGGAGCAUUGCAGAUCUACUUACUGAUGAGAAAAGAAGCCUGCUGGAUCAGGUUAAUGGCCUAGCAUUCUGUUCUCAUAGUUGACAACAAGAUGCAUGUGCGAAACCCCCAAACAGGACCUUGGUACAACUGUACUCUCCCUUCCUGUGGUUUCCAGUGGAGGGGGUGAAUAGGCAAACAGUGUUCCAUGGGGGUGCCAUUUUGCUGCCCCCACAUGCAUCCUGCCUGUGGCAGUUCCCUCAGUUUGCUUAAUGGAAGGGCUAGCCCCUGAAUUGGAAACUGGAAAGAGAGAAAGCAUGGAAUAGGAAUAAAUGGGUAAUACACAUAGUAGAUAGGGACGCGGGUGAAGCUGUGGUCUAAAGCACUGAGCCUUUUGGGCUUGCUGAUCAGAAGGUUGGUGGUUUGAAUCCCCAUGAUGGGGUGAGCUCCCGUUGCUCAGUCCCAGCUCCUGCCAACCUAGCAGUUUGAAAGCAUGCCAAAAAAGUGCGAGUAGAUAAAUAGGUACCACUCCGGCGGGAAGGUAAAUGGUGUUUCUGUGCGCUGCUCUGAUUUCGCCAUAUGCAGCUUAGUCAUGCUGGCCACAUGACCCAGAAAAACUGUCUGUGGACAAACGCCGGCUCCCUCGGUCAGUAAAGCCAGAUGAGUGCUGCAAUCCCAGAGUCAUCUGUGGACUGGACUUAUCUGUCAGGGGUCCUUUACCUUUACCAUUUUACCUAUAGUAGAUAGUUGUACAAGCAAGAAGUUUGGUGUCCCAACGCUUGGUAUUAGGACAGGCGCUUUUUUAACUUGAUCUGGAGUUUAGGGAUAUAGCAGCCUUUGUAUGAACUUUUAGGACUUGUCAUUUCUUUGAUGGGGGUUUGUCUGGGCACCGUAGGACAUGUACAGUCUUGAGCACACUGGAGGAAAAGUGAAUAUCAAUGUGACAAAUUCACCUUAAAAUUAUAUCUGCACCACUUCACCUUAAUGUUUAAUUUCUUCUCUUCCUGUUCCUAUACUUCCCAUAUUUCCUCUUCCUCAUUACUUCUAGAAUAAUGUGCUUACAUAAUGCCACAUCCAUUAAACUCAUUCUUUCAAAAGUCAGUAAACAUCAUGCCAAUUAUACUCUGCAGGAAGUAUCAUGUAGCUGCCCUUGCGUGAUUCACAUCAGACCCCUUUCCCCCUGCCACUAUUCCAAUUUCAGCCAUUGGUUUGGGUUGAUUUAAUUUCACCCACUCCCCUUGUUCCUGAUAUAGAUCUUCACUCCUCUCUUCUUCCCUGUCUAGUGGGGUGAAAGGUGCCAUUUUGUGGUUUGCCCCAGGUUCCGAAAUAUAUUGUUCCUGAGUGUGUCUAAGGUACAAUGAGCUCAGGGCUCUACAGGAACAGGUUUGUUCCCUUGAGGCCUGGAAAAAAUAAGAAUCAGAGAAGUUAUAGCUGUGUCCCACUCCAACAACCAUAGCUCCCUUGCAUUCAGGAAGAGUAAGGGUAUAAGGAAGCACCACAUUUCCUGAGAAGGGACUCAUUCUUUGUGGGACAAACAGCUAUCCUUUUGUGCCAAUGAUACUCUCUGUGGGUGGAGGGAUCCUGGCUGUGGGUAAUCCAGAACAUCAAUACAGACGGCAGGGUGAAUUGACCGCUUGGAGCAAGCAUAGUGGAUAUUGCCUAUGGAGUGGCAGCAGUGGUCAUGGUACAUGUUGGCACAAAUGACAUGGGGCAUGUGGUUGAGAGGUCCCAGAAACCAUAUUCCCAUGUGAGCAAAGUUUACAGCAUAUGGGACUUUUUAGUUUAGAGAAAAAGCAAGUAAGACUUGACAUGAUAGAAGUUUUUUGAAUAAAGAUGGCAUGGAACAAUGAAUAGAGAAAAGUCUUUCUCCUUCUCUCAUAACACUACAGCUUGUGGAUGUACAAUGAAGCCAAAUGUUGGACAAUUCUGGACAGAUUAAAAGCAAUACUUUAUCAUGCACAACUUAUCAUGUAGGAGCCUGCUCCUACAGGAGUGAUGGCCACCAACUUGGAUGACUUUAAAAGAUGAUUAGAGAAACCCAUGGAGGAGAGGACUAUUGAAGGCUACUUGCCAUAAUGGCUAUGCUCUGCCUCCACAGUUAGGUAAAGGUAAAGGGAUCCCUGACCAUUAGGUCCAGUCGUGACCUACACUGGGGUUGCAGCGCUCAUCUCGCUUUACUGGCUGAGGGAGCCGGCGUACAGCUUCCGGGUCAUGCGCCAGCAUGACUAAGUCGCUUCUGGUGAACCAGAGCAGGGCACGGAAACACCGUUUACCUUCCCACCAGAGCGGUACCUAUUUAUCCACUUGCACUUUGAUGUGCUUUCGAACUGCUAGUUUGGCAGGAGCUGGGAGCUCACCCCGUCGCGGGGAUUUGAACCGCUGACCUUCUGAUCAGCAAGUCCUAGGCUCUGUGGUUUAACCCACAGCGCCACCCGCGUCCCUGCCUCCACAGUUAAGAGGCAGCAAUACUUCUCAUGCUCGAAUCCUGCUUGUGAGUUUCCCACAAGGAUCUGGCUGCCCAUGAACAGGGUGCUGCACUUGGCCUGGUCCAACAGGCUCUUCUUAUGUUCUAAGAACAUAAGCAGAACAAUGCUGAAUAUGGUCAAGAGUCUAUUUGCUUCAACAUUCUAUUUUCAGAGCUAGUCAUUCAAAGUUUUCUGGGAAGUCCAUAAGCAAGACAUGGUUUCAAUGUCUUCAUUGCUUGAACCCUGCCCCGAGCAAUCAAGCUUCAGAGGACUACUGUGUCUGAAAACAGAGGCUCAGUUUCAGAACCAGCUUCCAUAGAGACCAUAUUGUCGUCUGGUUCCUUAUAGCAUUGCAUUCAAACCCCUUCAAGGAAUUCUGUUCUUGCUGUUCACUGACAGGCAGAUGUGCAAGGACUAGCUGAAGUUGGCAGGUAAUAUUCAAAGGUGCUUAGUGUGUUUCAACAGUGAUGGGGAAUCUGUUCCCACCCUCCAAGAUGUUGAAUUCCAAAUCCUAUCAACAUCAGCCAACAUGGCCCAUGGCUAGAGAUGAUGGACCAACUUGUCUUACAAUAAUCAGUUCUGCAUGUAUUAAAAUCUCUUUCUUGUUUGGAUUGAGUUUCAGUUGUUUCAUCCUCAUCUGAUCCAUUCCUGCCUCCCCCUCAGAGCUUCCAUCACCAAUUCACCUGGCUUGGUUGCAACAGAAAAACAGAGUCCGCCCCGUUUUGCAGAACUCAAAGGAAAACAGCCAUGAAGUUCUUUGGGCUUUUGUUUGCUGCUCUUUUAUUGAUAUCUUGGGCUUCUCCAGGUAAGAUAUUAUGGGUGUCAAGCUGUUCUAAGCAAAAUGAAGCUCUGGGUCCCAAGCUAGUUAGGACUUUGAGAGUUAAAGGCAACAUCUAAUAGUUGCCCAAGUGAGACCCUUCUCUGUUGUAGCCCCUAAAUUGUGGAAUUCCCAUCCAACAGAAGUGCAUCUGGCAUCUUCACUCUACCACUUUUGGCAAAUGAGGAGGAUGCAACCCUUUACACCUCUUGACACCUGAGAUGUGUGUUUUCAGGGCCCUCUUUAUUCCUAUGACUGUGAUGUGUUUGUAACUGGAUUUCAAAUUGCUUUAACCCACCUUGGAACCUACUGGUGAAGGGUGGGCUAUCAUCACCAUCUUCAUCACACAGGAGUACUGAUAAAAUUUGGUUCACAGUAACUAUGAUUAAGCUAACUUUUUACAAAAUAAUAUAACUUAAUAGAUUUGUGGAAAAAAUGGAUUUAUUUGGGUAACAUUUUGGAACAGUAAGUUCAAUGAUGAUGCUAUUGUGCUGCUUUCAACCUGCUGUAACACUGAGUAUUUCUUUAUUUCCUUGUGCUUCUAUCUUUUACCAUUUCAUUGAUUAACAAAUAACAUUUAAAACAAUAAAGGAGUUAUGCAACAAGGGAAAUAGAAGUCAAUAACCUAUUCAAACAUUCAAAAAACAUGAGGGGUAGGGGGUCAAAGCAUGUAAAGUGUGUUGGGUAAGGAUGUACAAACCUUUCCAUUUCAUUUUGGUUUCUCAUUCUUCCAUAAUCUUAAAUUCAUUUCUCCAUAGUUCUGAAUUCCAUGAACUUCCCUGUAAUAUAAUGUAUUUUAGUGUGCAGUUUUACCAAUGUAUGCAUACAUUACCAUGCUAUUAUUAAUAAUAAUAAUUGAAUUUAUUAGUCAUUUUAUUUUACCCAAGUCAACCCAGGGUAAAUCAAAACCAACCAAUCAGCCAAACAUACAAACAAACCCACAAAGAAGGAUUAAAAAUGGGGGGGUAGAGAAACACCUUAGAAACAUCACACCCACUUCUAAAAGGCCACAGGUAGUUAAAUGCCAUAGACCUGGUUAACAGAGGAAAGUUUUUGUCUGGCAUGUAAAGAUAUAUACUGAUGGCACCAGCCAAGCCCCCCUGGAGAGAGCAUUCCAUGAAUGGGAAGCCACCACAGAAAAUGCCAUUCUUGUGUUGCCACGCUCCAGACUUCUCGUGGAGGAAGCUCAUGAAGAAGGGCCUAAGAGGGUUAUCAGAGGGUCUGGGUAGGUUCAUAUGAGAGAGACAGUCCUUGAGGUAUUGUGGUCCUGAGCCAUUUAAGCACUUUGAAUUGGGCCUGGAAAUCAAUUUGCAGGCAGUGCUGUUGGGUCAGAUUUGGAGUAACAUGCUCAAACCAUUUUGUCCCAGUGUGCAACCUGGCCACUGAAUUCUGCACCAGCUGAUGCUCCAGAACCAUCUCCAGAGGCAGUUCCAUGUGUAACGUGUUGCAGUAAAGAGGUUACCAGAGCAUAGACAACAGUAGUUAGGCUAUCCCUGCCCAGAUGGGGCAUAGCUGAGCCACCAACUGAAGCUAAUAGAAGGCACUCUGCAAUCCGACCCUCAAGUAACAGCAGUGGAUCUAGAAGUAUUCCCAAGCUGCGUACCCGCUCCUUCAAAGGAAGUGUAACCCCAUCAAGAGCAAGCGAUCUCCCACUAACAGUUCCUCAGUCUGAUCUGGAUUGAGCUUUUCAGUUCAUUGGCAUCCAUUACCAAGGCUGGUUGAAACCACACUACAUAUUUAAGAGAAGUAUGACUCUUGAAGGAUGGCUUUUUUUUGUUUCUGCAUUGUUUCAGAAACUGCAGCUUAGGUAGUUUCACAAUUUUCUCCCCCGAUUCUCAGUGGCUGCUGCUGCUGCUACUGCUGCUGAUUUUAUACCCUGUCCACCUGGCUGGAUUGCCCUAUCCCUAUCCAAUGAACCUGCAUAGCUCCACCUCUGACCCUCCUGUCUUGAGCAGGAAUGUCUGAAGAGGGGGUCUGCAUGUGUUAAGCUGAAGCCACUCAGAAACCUUCCUGCAAUUUGAAACUGCGCAAUUGAGAUUCACAUCCAAAGGGAGGUCUCCUAGUGCACCCAGCAGAACACACAGAUAGCCCCACUUCAGACCUUGCACCCAUCACAUGAAGGUCUGAGUUUUUAUCAGCCACCACAGAUUGUAGUGUCACUCAUCUUUCAAUACACGCAAACACACACACACACACACACACACACACACACAUUUAAUCCAAUGCCUGAAUAAUAGGGUCAGAUGCUCAUGAGGAAGUUAGUUCUCAAUGUAUUGUAUGCUAGCCAUAAAGGUUGACUCUUCCCUUUCUUCCUCUCAUUUUGCAGUGGCCUCUAAAGUUUAUGGUUCCCAUGACUGCAUAAGCAUUAAUAAGGGUAAAUGUUUUCGAUGGGACAAGUGCUUACCCUUUUAUGACAUGCUUGGAAAAUGUGACAGUUUGAAGAUAUGCUGUAAAAGGUGAGAUAGGAUGCCUCAGGGUCAUCUACAAUUCUAUGGCUCCAUAAGAUCCUGAACGUCCUAUGUCCCACCCUCAGGACUGGCCAAUGUAGCUGCAGCCAGCUCUCAUCCCACACUACCACCUGAAUUAGAUGGUGGAGGAGGGGGGCAACUUCCAGUCCCUGCAGCUGCUGCAGCAGCCAUGUCCUAGCAGAUCUGCAGAAUGCUCAGGUGGAGGGCAUUCAACCAGCUGAAAGUAACAGCAGCACCCCCUUCCGCUGCACCCUGAAAUUCACAUUGACAUCACAAUCGCCUGCAGCCACCCUGCCAGCUCCCCAACACUAUCACAGAGCCAGCAGUUAGGUGAUGGUUAUGUCCUGCCUGAAGCACUUGACUUUGUGGUUUCUGUUGGCUACACGAGCUGACAAUCCUGCCAGCAUCUGAGGGAGGGGCUGAACAGGGCAGAGGUCUUGGGCAUGCCAGUGGAGGCACCCUUGCUCUCCCCAUUGCCAUCAGGCCCUGGCAGGGAGGAUGGGUAUCCCCAACAGGAACAGCAACUGUGCCUGACCACCCAGCCCUGCCACUUCUCACAGGAGAGCGACAUCCCACAUCCCUCUGCUGCAACUGGCACCAGAGAUUGGAGGGCUUGGGGUGGUGAGAGUUGUUCCACAAGGGCAGAGGACAAUGGCUAUGCAUGUUUCCUGGCUGGCACAGCCCUGGCUGCUUCUGAUGGGGCUGCCUUCUGCUUGGUGGUUGGCAUUCUCUUCUCGGCUGGCCACCACUGCUGCUCUCAAUACGGGGUCUGCUGGAGAGGAGCUGCAGAAAGGGAGAAGAAAGGGAGUGGAGAUGGACAGAACAUGGAAUGUAGCCCUGUUGUUGUUUAGUCGUUUAGUCGUGUCCGACUCUUCGUGACCCCAUGGACCAGAGCAGGCCAGGCACUCCUGUCUUCCACGGCCUCCCGCAGUUUAGUCAAACUCAUGCUGGUAGCUUCGAGAACACUGUCCAACCAUCUCGUCCUCUGUCAUCCCCUUCUCCUUGUGCCCUCCAUCUUUCCCAACAUCAGGGUCUUUUCUAGGGAGUCUUCUCUUCUCAUGAGGUGGUCUUAUGCCCCACCAAUGCUAAGCCUCCCUCUUCAGCUGGUUGAGGUGAAGAGGUACUAGAGGGAUCAGAACAGGCUGGGUAGAUAUUACCCAAGCAGCUUCCUUAAGGAGCAGGACAUGGUACUUUUCUUAGCAGAGUGUCACCUAUAAUCACACCCAAGGACACGUUAUCUGGAUCCCAUGGCGUUAGGACUUAGUAAUGACUCACCUUUAAGUAAAACUCUUUCUGUUGCUGGGUACAGAUUAUAAUGCACCACACAGAAUUGCCAUAUUUGUUAAAAAGGUUACGGAGAAGUGAAAGCUAUUGACUGCACCUGAAGAUUCCGCAGGUGAAAAUGAAUUCAUUGGCUGCUUUCAUGGGGGAAUGUUUAUAAACAGGGUUUUUGUGAUAAUGUAUUUUGCAUGCAUGAAUUUGUGUAUGUGUUCGGCCUGGUUGGCUAAAAGGCAAUCAACUGUUUCCCAUUUCAGGAAGGAAGAACACGUCAAAUCUCAUUCUGAUGGGACCACCAGGUGAGACUGUGCCCAGUUACUAAGUAUUGGGCCAUGCCGACUGAUUUCUAUUGUGACUUUUGCAUUAGACCACCCUCUUUGCCUGUUCAGUUUAUGCCAGGUUCCCAAGGCACAUGGUUUAGGAGCCAGAAUAAGCCCCCUUUCCCUCCUUUCUCAACCCCACAUCAAAGUGGCUCAUCUCCCAACCUAUUUGUGCAGCAACAGCUAAGAGCAUGCGCAGAGGUGGGAGCAUACACCUCUGUGUAAUGCAGCCUCUUCCACUGCGUGAACCCUCUGGCAACUAACCUAGCCUUGUACUGUGGUUCUCCAGAUUCUGUGGGUUUAAGGCAAUAAACCCACCUGCUACUCACAGCCUGUUUGCUAGCUGGCAACGUUGUGAGGGAGAACACACCUAGAGACUCCAUUGAGCUCAUCUCCUUCUGCAUUGCCUCAUGUCAUUUGCUGGCUUCUUCCUGAGGCAGCUUCUGUACAUCCUCAAAGUUUCAGGUUCACACCUAGCCACACCAACCCACACACUUGUGGCUUCAAACUUGUCAGGUGGCUUACCCUUAGUGGUUCUAGCUGAUCUCAGCGUAAACUCUGGUACCCCCUCUGACCCACUAGGGCCAGCCAGACUACCCCCAGUGUUAGAGAACUCCCCCUCUGACCUGCUGUAUCUUUUGAACCUCACAGCUGGACCUGCGGGCGCGGCCGGCUCACUCUUUGGCUCAGACUUGACAGUGGACUGUGGAGGGCUUCUAGGCCACCCCCUUGGAGGGGUUUUGGGCCGCUACUGCUCUGGGCUCUGUUGCUCUGGACUCUGUUCCUCAGCAACAGGUUCAGUUCCCUCCUCUUCCUCCUCAUCUGAGUCAAGAAACUGUUCUGAAAGAACAUCUGGGUUACCAUGUAUGCGUGUCCACCCACUUUGCUCACAAAAUUCAGCACUGCUGCUCACUAGCAGCCGGGACUGAUUGUCAUCAGGAUAUGUGAACCACCAUGCUUUGAACCCAGGUUCAUAUCCGACAAAGAUCAUCUUCCUGGACCUUGGUCCACCCUUUCUGCAUUUGGCCUUUGGGAUGAGGACCCAAGCCUCACAGCCAAAAACACGUAAGAAAUGCACUUUGGGCUUCUUACCGUGCAGCAGAAAAUAGGGUGUGUCCCCUACAGCUGAAUUAAACACGUGAUUCUUCACAGAUUUCCAACAUUCAGCCCAAAAGUGUUGUGGGAGUCCUGCGUCAAACAGCAUGGCAGCCACGGCCUCUUGUAGUGUUCUGUUCUUGCGUUCAGCAACACCAUUCUGUUGAGGACUGUGUGGUGCUGUCAGCCUGUGACUGAUUCCCUUCUGGCGGAAGAAACUCUGCAGUGCAGACCCAGUAAACUCCACCCCUCUAUCGCUCUGAAAGCUACCCAAUUUGGCAGAAAAUUGCAACUCUACCACUGUGAUCCAAUCCUUAAUCAAUGCAGUGGCUUCCCCUUUGUGUUUUAUCGAAAAAACCCAAGAGUUCCUCGAAAAAUCAUCCAAGAGAAGCAAAAUGUAUUUAGACCCACCCAGAGAUGCUACUGGCAUAGGCCCACACAAAUCUGCAUGGACCAGCUCAAAAGGCUUGCUUGUCUCUCUGCUCGACCUGGGAUAUGAGGAUGUUUUCACUUUGGAUUGCUUACAGGCUCUGCAAUCCAGAAACUUAUCACAUCCCUUUAAUUUCCACCCAUCUGCACACUCUGGGGCCUUCUUGACAUAGGACCAACUCGAAUGAACGAGUCUGCAGUGCCAUAGAUGGGAACAGCCAUCAUGUGGUGGGAUGUUUGCGCACUGCACCUGUGUUACCUCAGGGGGGUCAUUACCAGCAACAGGCAUCUCAACCACGAACAGCCAAUUCUUGCACUCAACACUGAACAGCUGCUUCCCAUCCCUGGAAGAAGAACACAUGUUAUUUGCAAACUGAACACAGAAACCACCAGCUACUAGAGCAGACAUGGAUAAAAGGCAGUUGGCUAUUUCUGGAACCACAAAAGCCUGAACAUCAUGAUCUUGGAACGAACAAUAAAGGGUCCCAGACUGAGUCAGUGGCCUUCUGCUUCCAUCUGCCAGUGACACAUAUCUUCCACUUUGCACAGUCUUGCAGUUCCAAAGAAGUCCAGCUGAGGGCACUAAAGUGUGCGUGGCUCCAGUGUCAACAACAAAGGAGAGACUGGCUUCCUGUUUGGGUUUCACAACAGCCAUAAAAGCUGCUAGAUGAAACAAUGUUGUUGACUCCUUGCGCUCAACCCAGUUGAAACUUUGGGCAUUCUUCCCAUGCUUUGCAGAGGUCUUAAUCUGGUUGCUCCGGGAGACAGCCUUGGGCCCUUCCUGCUGUGCCUCUGCAGGACAGUCUCUCACGAGAUGGCCAGUACUUCCACACUGAAAACAUCUUUUGGAGACAAAGGCUUUUACAGAGCUCUCACAGCUUCUCCCUGCACCCCCACUCCUGGGUGCACAGUUUCCAGAGGAACAGCCUGCGACUGCUUUCCUCUCAGCUCUCUACCUCUGUUCCUGUCCAUCACAAAGAUGUGUUGAAGCAUAAAAACAGCUUCCAGAAACAUGGCUUUCAGCCCCCACUGGGGUCACGGCCCCCUCUCGGUCUUUGGCUCCCACUGUGGCUACACACGCCUUCUGCAGUGCCUGCCAAGUGACCCGGGCCUCCUUGAUCUCCUCAAGGUUUGCAACAGCCAAGCGUCCACGCUUGCUCUCAGCAUGCUCAGGACACUCUGAUCCCUUUCCAGAGCUGCAGCCACUUCUGCCUCAGAAACUGUCUCACUAGCCUGAGAUGGUGGCGUUUGCAUGCAAUUCCAGAGCUGUUCUCCCAACAGCCAGUACUUCAUCCUUACGGACCACUCCUCCCAAUUGGGACCAGUCAGCCUUUCAAAAGGCAAGGUGAAAGCCUCUGGAGCCUGAGCCAUCUUUCCUGGGGCUAUAGCUUACUCACGCUUCUGCUGGCCGGUGCUCAAAGAUGCUUCCUUCAGCUCCGCUUCACCAGCGAAAUCUUGACUGCCUCAGCGUCUGGCAGGACUUCAAAGCUGUACUUGGACGUAACAUUCGUUUCUCACACUUAGCAGCAAAAUGAAUGGCCCAUAACCUGUGAACUUUACUGCCUGUCCGGCACACUUCCGCGGUGCAAUGAAUCUGCUUCCAGGCAGCUGCAGAGCUGAGUAGCGGUUGCUUCCGUAUGAGAAGAAGGAAAAAAGGGUCAACUCACUGUUCUUUCUUAACAGCGUUUAUUUACAGCAAGCAAAACAACAAACAGUUCCAUCUGAACUCGGACACAUGCUGUGUGUGUGUCUCUCUCUCUCCACCAAAAUCGAAAGUGCUUUUUACACAGACACAGACAAAGAACAACGCAGCUUCCACUUCCUGGGAAGCUCCUCCCCAGAUGUAGGACAUUCAGGAGGUUUAACCGUUAAACACCACACUCCACAGUUUAUAAACAGGGUUUUGUGAUAAUGUAUUCUGCAUGCAUGAAUUUGUGUAUGUGUUUGGCCUGGUUGGCUAAAAGGCAAUCAACUGUUUCCCAUUUCAGGAAGAAAGAACACUUCAAAUCUCAUUCUGAUGGGGCCACCAGGUGAGACUGUGCCCAGUUGCUAAGUAUUGGGCCAUGCCGACUGAUUUCUAUUGUGACUUUUGCAUUAAACUACCCUCUUUGCCUGUUCAGUUUAUGCCAGGUUCCCAGGGCACAUGGUUUAGGAGCCAGAAUAAGCCCCCUUUCCCUCCUUUCUCAACCCCACCAUGCCCUUGGAAUGCCCAUUUUCAGGGUUUACACUGACAUAAGAUCCAACAAGCUCAGCUUUGUUGGCUGAGACACUGCAGGGUUACGGAAGAUACUGCAAUGUGUCUUUGGCAGAUCUGUGGAUGGGGACUAGUUGGGAACCCCCCAACAAAACCAGAGAUCUGCUGGACCUUCUCAGCCCUGUGGAUCUCCCUUCAGGAAUACAGAGUGAGAUAACAAAACUACUGUGUUCCAAAAACAACACAACCAUAAGUCCAAGGAUGAUCCAAUUGAACACAAAUGUCAAAAUUUGUUGUCAAAGAAAUCUAUAAAACAGGGGUCAGCAAACUUUUUCAGCAGGGGGCUGGUCCACUGUCCCUCAGACCUUGUGGGGGGCCGGACUAUAUUUUGGAGGGGAAAAACCCACACGAACGAAUUUCUAUGCCCAACAAAUAACCCAGAGCUGCAUUUUAAAUAAAAGCACACAUUCUGCUCAUGUCAAAACACCAGGCAGGCCCCACAAAUCACCCAGAGAUUCAUUUUAAAUAAAAGGACACGUUCUACUUAUGUAAAAACACGCUGAUUCCCAGACUGUUCGUGGGUCGGAUUGAGAAGGUGACUGGGCUGGAUCCAGCCCCCAUGCCUUAGUUUGCCUACCCAUGCUAUAAAACAUGGGAUGAGAACAAUUCUGUAGGACAGGGAUCUGCAUACAUGCAAUCUGAGAACCAAAAGUAAAUAUUAAAAGUUAUAUCAUGAGAUGAAAGGAGUUGCCUUAUCCUUUGAUCCGAAGCCCAACAACUAUUUCUCUCUUCCAUUUUUGUACCCAUUAAGUCACAUCUACCUGAGAGCCAGCCUCCUUCCUUAGUCCCCUCCUUGGCCACCUUUGCCGAUUUGCUACUGGACCAAGUUCAAGGUGUUACUAUUAGCAUAUAAAGUCCUUAACAACUUGGGACCAGUUUACCUACAAAAUUGUCUUACCCCACAUGUGCCCACUCGACUAUUUCAAUCGGCAGAAUUGACACUACUAAGUUGUCUUGUAAUACCUGCAUUCUGCAUUUGUAAGAACUCGAUUGGUUAGUUCCUACCCUUUGGAACUCCCUGCCUAUUGAAGCAGGUGUCUUCAUUGUACACUUUUUGGCACCUGUUAAAACAUUCCAAGGAAUGCAGGUGGUGCUGUGGGUUAAACCACAGAGCCUAGGGCUUGCUGAUCAGAAGGUUGGCAGUUUGAAUCCCCAUGAUGGGGUGAGCUCCCAUUACUCGGUCCCUGCUCCUGCCAACCUAGCAGUUCGAAAUCACUUCAAAGUGCAAGAAGAUAAAUAGGUACCACUCUGGCAGGAAGGUAAACGGUGUUUCCAUGCGCUGCUCUAGUUCGCCAGAAGCGGCUUAGUCAUGCUGGCCACAUGAACCGGAAGCUGUACGCCAGCUCCUUCAGCAAAUAAAGCAAGCGCCACAACCCCAGAGUCAUCCGCGACUGGACUUAAUGGUCAGGGGUCCCUUUACCUUUACCUUUUUAAAACAUUCCAGUUGAGACUAACCGACCCAGAUGCUUAGAAAGUUGAGAUGAUUUUAAUAUGUUUAAUAUGUUUUAGUAUUUUAACUUUUGUAUGUUUUAAAGUAGGGUUGUGAUUUCCCCCCUUUGAGGGUAUUUUUUUUUACAAUUGACCAAUGUAUAAAUUUAAUGAAAUAAAUAAAAAAUAAAAUAUUUUUUUCCAUGGCUGACGAUUUUCUUGGCUGCUAUUCACCUUGUGUCCACUAGCAGCAAGGUUCAUUGUUGUGGCCCCUUGAAAACUGACUUCAUUAUCUUCUGAGAUAAGUUGUGUUCCAAGCACCUGCUCUUUCAGAGACAUGCAGGUCUUUUUUCAUUUACCCAAGCCUUUUUCUGAACGAAAUCUUUGACCACUGUGCAUUGAUCAUCAUCUAGUGUCGUGAUGUUAUAUUAACAGUAUGGGUUUUCGUUUGUUUGUUUUCUGUAGAAAGUUCUGAUAUUUUCUAAUCUAAACAUUUUAAAAUAGUAAAUGAGAAUGACAAUAAUAAGCAACCAUUCCAUUUCUGCCUAUAUUCCCCUAUCUGUUUUUUUGCAGAAAACACACUGUUUCCGUCAGAAUUCAGCACAGCAGCUCUCAUCACAUGUGAGUAGGCGUGGGGAAGGAAUCUGGCAAGCUGUGACUCCACGUUAGCAUGCCUGAUUCAAUGUACCCAGACCAGAACUGGGAUUUUUUCUGGGAUCUGAACAUGGCCCUGUUCCCACUCUCUUGUGGAUCCCCAAUAUGAGGUGUCCUAAGGGAUGCCUGAGGUGCUGUGGUCUAAAUAAUAAUAAUAAUAAUAAUAAUAAUAAUAAUAAUAAUAAUAUGUUAUUUAUACCCCACCCAUCUGGCUGGGCUUCCCCAGAGACUCUGGGUGGCUUCCAACAAAAUAUUAAAAUACAGUAAUGCAUCAAACAUUAAAAGCUUCCCUAAACAGGACUUCAGAUGUCUUCUAAAAGUCUGGUAGUUGUUGUUCUUUUUGACAUCUGGGUGGGCGGGCGCCACUACCGAGAAGGCCCUCUGCCUGGUUCCCUGUAACUUGGCUUCUCGCAGUGAGAGAACUGCCAGAAGGCCCUCGGCACUGGACCUCAGUGUCCAGGUAGAAUGAUGGAGGUGGAGUCACUCCUUCAGUGGUCUAAACCACUGAGCCUCUUGGGCUUGUCAAUCAGGAGGUCGGCGGUUCGAAUCCCCGCAAUGGGGGGAGCUCCCAUUGCUCGGUCCCAGCUCCUGCCAACCUAGCAGUUCGAAAGCAUGCCAGUACAAGUAGAUAAAUAAGUACUGCUGUGGCAGGAAGGUAAACGGCAUUUCCAUUUGGUGCUCUAGUUUCGGUGUUCUGUUGUGCCAGAAGCAGCUUAGUCAUGCUGACCACAUGACCUGGAAAAACUGUCUGUGGACCAACACCAGCUCCCUCAGCCUGUAAAGCGAGAUGAGUGCUGGAACCCCAGAGUCCUCUGCAACUGGACUUAACUGUCAAGGGUCCUUUACCUUUACCUUUUAAGGGAUGCCUGAGUCCUUUCUUUUAAAAUAAUCUCUUCAUAGCAGCCAGCUAGUGAGCAGAGCUCUGUUGAUGCGCAAUUUUCAACAGAUGAAGCCAGUCCCACAGAAAGUGGCACAUCUUUCUGAAGCUCUCCUUGGAAGUUUUAUAUGUCACACCUGCAUUUUAUGCACUGCUUUUUUCUAAAACAAAAGUUUAGGGGGUACUCUCAUUUUCCUACUCAUAUUGAAUGAGGCCAAACUUAGAUUCACAAAAUGUUUAGGGGUCUGCGUACCCCUGUGUCCCCCCAGAAAAAACUCACUGAUUUUAUGUAUUUCAUGUACAAUUCUCCUUAUCAAGAUCUGCCACUCCCAAGUGGACUUGCUACUAGGGACAGAUGGAUCUGUCGAUUUCGGUCUUCUCAGUUUCUCUUAAAAAACAAAAUCAAAAUUACAUUCAUUACUCCAUAUUUCUGCAGAAUUUUGCCAUAACAAAUUCCAAUUAAUAUUCACCAACAUUUUAGCACAAAUUUCUCCGGAAAAAGACAUUUUUGUUUACAGUUUUGACUAAUAUGCACAUUUUUGCAAGCCAUUUCCCCUGAUGUAAUGAUCUAUGCCCAGAUUUUUGAGGAGCUAUAUGGAUUUGCCCUUAAAAAUCCACAGAGAAAUAGGAUAGAAUGAACUUUAGUCCCAUACUUAUGUGGAUCUCAAUAUCAUUUCUCCCUUAUUUCUUUUUACAGGGGUGGAUUGUAAGCAAAGCUCAGAUUCAUAUCAAGAAUGAAAUAAUCAAAGAGUCCUGGUUCACCUUCCUGAUUUUUUUCUUUGUUCAAAAUAAAUUGUACUUAUAAAAA